CUCCCCCCACAUUUUCUCUUCAACCAAACAUCACCUAAGCACGCAUUUCUCAUAAACUACAAUAUUUGUUGUUCUUUUUCAAAGCCCAAUCAAAUUUCACGAUUCAUCCCGAAGAAUAGUUAUUGGCCCCUAUGGCUUCUUCAUCAGCAUCGUCAGUUGCAAGUGCGAGCUGUUGUUUUAAGGGUACUAAACUCCCUGUUUCCAAAUCUUCUUCUUCUUCUUCUAUUGUGUUCAAGAGAUACAUUUCUUGCUCUCUUCAGACCCCUUCGAUUCUUCAUUUUCCUAGGCAACACACAUGUUGUGAUGAAGAGAAAGCUCAAUCCCAGCAAUGGAAUCCGUUGCAGAGAGCGGCGGCUAUGGCUUUAGAUGCAGUGGAGAAUGCUUUAGUCUCUCACGAGCGUCACCAUCCUUUGCCGAAAACGGCCGACCCCAGAGUUCAAAUCGCCGGCAACUUUGCUCCUGUACCUGAGCAGCCAGUUAAGCAGAGACUUCCCGUUAUCGGCACAAUCCCGGAAUGUAUACAAGGAGUCUACGCUCGAAACGGGGCUAACCCGCUUCACGAGCCGGUGGCCGGGCACCAUUUCUUCGACGGGGAUGGGAUGGUUCAUGCGGUUCAGUUCAAAAAUGGCUCGGCUAGCUACGCUUGUAGGUUCACCGAGACGAACCGUCUUGUUCAAGAAAAAUGUUUCGGUCGUUCAGUUUUCCCCAAGGCCAUAGGUGAACUCCAUGGCCACUCAGGCAUAGCUAGGCUGUUACUUUUCUACGCUCGUGGCUUAUUCGGACUCGUGGAUCCGAGCCAUGGGACCGGCGUCGCUAACGCUGGUCUUGUUUACUUCAAAGACCACCUCCUCGCGAUGUCGGAAGACGAUUUGCCUUACCAUGUUCGUAUCACACCGUCCGGGGACUUGAAAACGGUUGGCAGAUAUGAUUUUGAUGGUCAGUUAAAGUCUACAAUGAUUGCUCACCCCAAAGUUGAUCCACAAACGGGUGAAUUCUUUGCUCUCAGCUAUGAUGUCAUCCAAAAACCAUAUCUUAAGUACUUCAAAUUCGCACCCGAUGGCUCGAAAUCGCCCGAUGUCGAAAUCCCGGUCGAUGGUCCGACCAUGAUGCACGACUUCGCAAUCACCGAGAAUUUCGUGGUGAUCCCGGACCAGCAAGUGGUUUUCAAAUUGGGUGAGAUGGUCCACGGUGGUUCACCCGUUGUGUAUGACAAGAACAAGGUGGCAAGGUUUGGGGUAUUAGACAAAAAUGCCAAUGAUGCCUGUGGGAUUAAAUGGAUUGAGGCACCUGAUUGCUUUUGUUUCCAUCUUUGGAAUGCAUGGGAAGAGUCGGAGACCGACGAAGUCGUCGUGAUCGGCUCUUGCAUGACGCCGCCAGAUUCGAUUUUCAACGAAUGUGAAGAGAAUCUCGAGAGCGUUCUCUCCGAAAUCCGAUUGAAUUUGAAGACCGGCAAGUCGACUCGGCGCGCCAUCAUUUCGGAAUCCGAGCAAGUGAAUUUGGAAGCAGGGAUGGUGAACAAGAACUUACUCGGAAGAAAAACCAAAUUCGCAUAUUUGGCUCUAGCCGAGCCUUGGCCUAAAGUAUCGGGAUUCGCCAAAGUCGACCUCUCCACCGGAGAAGUCCAUAAAUACAUCUACGGCGAUCAAAGGUACGGCGGCGAGCCUUUGUUCUUCCCUCGAAACCCCGAUUCCCCGAAUGAAGACGACGGCUAUAUCCUAGCCUUCGUCCACGACGAGAAGACAUGGAAAUCGGAGCUGCAAAUCGUGAACGCCAUGGAUUUAAAGGUAGAAGCCACGGUUCAACUCCCGUCUCGAGUUCCAUACGGUUUUCACGGAACGUUCAUAAGCUCAAAGGACUUGGAAAAGCAGGCCUUCAGAUGAUCAAAAAGAAGAUAUUUUUACCGGAGGGACGCUUUACAUGUGAUUGUCCACGGAAUCUCCUCUGUUUUUAAACCCUGUUUUUAGGGUUAACCCUACAUUUCCAUAACCCUUUUUUGCUUACUAUUCACUGUGAAAAAAGAUUCUGGUAAACACAGUUAGUAGCUUUUGUCUCGAAGCUCAGCUGGUUUC